AUGACAGAUACACAAUCCAAUGUUCCUCAAUCACAAAUUCAACCACAAGUACCAACAAUUGGUGUAGUUAGAGCAGUAAAUAGUGGUGAUUCAUUGGUAAUUCAAGAUUUAAAAACAGCCGAUUCCCCAAAAGUUGAAUAUUCAUUAUCUCAUCUUACUGUACCACGUUUAGGUUAUCAUGGUUCAAAUGAUAAACCACCAACAAAAGAUUUGCCAUUUGCAUGGGAAAGUCGUGAAUUUUUAAGAUCAAAAUGUAUUGGUAAAAAAGUUCAAUUCUUUACAGAUUAUACUGCACCAACUGGUAAGAAAUUCAUUUCAGUUUAUCUUUAUGAUGAUUUAGAAAAUAGUUUAAAUAAACAAAUGAUUGAAGAGGGUUGGGCUUCAUUAUAUAGAUCAACAACUGGUAAAGAAAAUAAAAAACCUGAAUAUUUAAAUUUAAUUCAAUUAGAAAGUGAAGCAAUUUCAAAAGAAUUAGGUAUUCAUAAUAAGAAUCCAAUUGCAAUUACAAAUUCAAUUCGUCCAAUUCAUACUAUUAAUUCAUUUGAUUUAUUUAAUAAAUUAAAGGGUAAACAAUUGACAGCAGUUGUUGAACAAGUUAGAAAUGCAGCAAGUUAUAGAGUUACUAUUACACCAUCAUUUCAUACAUUUUUAAUUCAAUUAUCAGGUGUUCAAUGUCCAGGUUAUAAAAAAGAUAACAAUAAUCAAAUGCAACCAGAACCAUUUGCAUUGGAAGCUGAAUCAUUCAUCUCCAAGAAUUUAUUACAUAGAGAUGUUCAAUUGACAUUGGAUACAUUCGAUAAACAAGGUAACCUUUUUGGUACUAUAAAAUGUGCUGAUAGAGAUGUAGCUUGUGAACUCUUGAAGAAUGGUUUAGGUACUUAUGUUCCAUGGAGUGGUGCUACUCGUAGUGCUCCUGACCAAAUGUUAUUAAAACAAGCUGAAGAAACUGCAAAAGGUCAAGGUAUAAGAGUUUGGUAUCAAUCACCAUCAUCCUCAUCAACCUCUUCAUCAUCAUCAUCAUCAUCAUCAUCAAAUGAACCAUAUCCAAAAGAAAUUGAUGGUAAAGUUAUUGAUAUUGGUAAUAAUGGUACAGUUGGUAUUUUAAGUGAAAAUGAUAGAAAAGAGUAUAAAGUUACAUUAGCAAGUAUUAGAGUGCCAAAUUUCACAAAACCAUCAGAAAAGGAAGAUAAAGAUAGUAAAUUUGAAAGAUAUUAUGCAUAUGAAGCAAAAGAAUGGUUAAGAAAGAGAUUAAUUGGUCAAAAGGUUAUUGCCAAGUUAGAGUUUAUUCGUCCAGCUAUUGCAUCUAGCAAUUUACCAGAGAAACCCUACUAUAGUGUAUUUUUAGGUAAAGGAAAUGUUUCAUUAGGUUUAGUGGAAGCAGGUUUAGCUCGUUUAACCGAACAUAAGGGAGCAGAUAAUCGUGCCAUUGAUUAUGAGGCAUUGAUUACAGCAGAGAAUAAAGCCAAAAAGAAGCAUAGUGGUCUUUACUCCAACAAAGAUAGUGCACCAAGUUUCAAUGUGAAUGAUGUCUCCUCAGAGGAUAAGAAUCUCAAAGCAAAGGCACAAAAACUUUUACCACACAUUCGUGGCAUUGUGUUACCAGCAGUGGUCGAUUACGUAUUCUCUGCACAAAGAGUCAAACUUUUCAUCGAGAAGGAAUCAUGUAUGAUCAAUUUCACCAUGAGUGGCGUUAGAGCACCACGUCGUGAUGAAAAUGAAGAACUCUCCAAUCAAGCAUUGGGUUUCUCACGUGAGCAUCUCCAUCAACAUGAUGUACACAUUCAAAUUGAAGAUAUCGAUAAGGGUGGUAACUUUAUUGGUACAUUGAUGGUUGGUAAUAAGAAUUUCGCACUCUCUUUGGUUGAAAUGGGUUUCGCCUCAAUCUAUGACCCAAUGAAUCGUCUCAAUGAUUAUCAAAGAUUUGAAGACGCUGAAAACAAAGCCAAAUCAUCUCGUCUCAACCUUUGGAAGAACUAUGACCCAGAAGAGGAACAAAGAGUCGCAAACCAAAAAGCUGCCGCUGAAGAAGAGAGAAAACAACAACAAAAAGCUGAAACUGGUGAAGCUUACAUUAGAGCCGUAGUCUCACCAACUGAAGUUUACCUUCAAUUCGCUAAUAACAAAACUAAAGAUAUCGAAUCUCAAUUGGCUUCAUUGGAAAUUAACAAUGAAGAUUCAACCAUUGUUGCAAUGCCAAAGGUUGGUGAUAUCGUUAAAUUCAAAUCUCAACAUGACAAGAAAUGGCAUCGUUCAAAGAUUACCUCUAUCGCCGAUGGUAAAAUCAAUGUUAAUCUCAUUGAUUUGGGUGAAAGAGAAUCUUUCCCACAAUCUCAAUCAAGUACUCUCAUUAGAAAUAUCAAUCAUAAAUUACAAAGCCUUCCUUCAUUGGUAACUUUGGUCAAAUUAGCCUCUUGUAAGAAUCCUUCCAAUGAUGAUAUCUACAAUGAUGCUAUGGAUUUCAUGGAAAAAGAGUUUUUAGAUCUCAAAGUUGGCGUUAAUAUCAUACGUGAUAUCGAUGGUACUCAACAUGUUCUCCUCUCUGAUAAUGCUGGUAUUAUCAAUGGUGAAUUGGUUCGUAAUGGUUUGGUUAGUGUCGAUCGUUCAACUAAAUUACCCUCAAUUCAACAACUUCAAGAUGAAGAACAAAAAGCUAAAUCAAAGAGAUUAGGUGUUUGGAGAUUCGGUGAUAUCGAUAGUGAUGAUGAAGAUGAUAAACCACGUUCAAAUUUCAAAGGUAAAGGUGGUAAACCAAUUUCAAAAAAAUAA